GGUAAGCAUUUUCGGGAAAAUCCCCCUUCUUGCGAUCGAUCCAUCCAUCGAUUUAAAUCGAUCUCCGCAGCUUGGCCUCUCGAGAGAGAGAUCGGGAUCGAGAGACUACGAGGUCUAUCGUCCAUGGCCGAUCGAGACACAUAGCUAGGGUAAUUUGUUGUGUGUCGUGGUGGGGGGCUCGAUCGAUCGAUCGAUCUCCAUGGAGAAGGGGAAGAGGCGGGGAGGGUCGUCGUCGUCGUCGGGGCCACAGGCAGUGGCGAGGAAGAGGGACCAGUUCCCCAGCCGGGCCAAGGACUACGAGCUGCUCGAGCCGGUCGGGGAUGGCGCCACCGCCGUCGUUCGCCGGGCCCGGUGCCUCCCCCUCGGCGGCGAGGUCGUCGCCGUCAAGAUUAUGAACAUGUCGCAGCGCUCUGAAGACGAUGUGAAUCAUGCCUCUGAGGAAGUUAAAAUGAUGAGUACUAUUGACCAUGACAAUCUCCUUGGUGCAUAUUGUUCAUUUACAGAAGGUGAAACUUUAUGGAUUAUUAUGCCCUAUAUGGCUGGUGGGUCAUGCUUUCACUUGAUGAAAUCUUCAUAUCCAAAAGGGUUUGACGAAAAAUUUAUAGCAUUUGUCCUACGCGAAACAUUAGAAGGCUUAGCUUACCUUCAUCGCUAUGCACUUGUACAUCGGGAUGUGAAGGCUGGCAACAUACUCCUUGAUCAACACAAAGGAGUGAAACUUGCUGAUUUUGGGGCCUCGGCUAGUCUUUAUGACCCAAUGAUUAAUAGACAUGGUAAAAGAAAGACUCUUGUGGGGACUCCUUGCUGGAUGGCACCUGAAGUCAUGGAGCAAAAGGAAUAUGAUGCCAAGGCAGACAUAUGGUCUUUUGGGAUAACCGCACUUGAAUUGGCUCAUGGUCAUGCACCUUUUUCUACUCAACCUCCAGCGAAGGUCUUUCUCUUGACAUUACAACAUGCUCCUCCAUCACUUCACAAUACAAAGGAUAAGAAGUUUUCAAAGUCCUUUAAGCAAAUGAUUGCCACUUGUCUAAUGAAAGAUCCAUCAAAAAGGCCAACCGCACAACAUUUAUUGGAACUCCCAUUUUUCAAAAAGGUAAAGUUUGAAGACAAUGUUUUGAAAUCCGUGCUAAAUAAGUUGCCAUCGUUGGGUGAUCGGAUGCAAAGUAUACAGGAGAAUGAAGCAAAGCUGCAAGCUGAGAAAAAACCUCUUGAUAAAUGCAAAGAGAAGGCAUCACAGGAUGAGUAUAUGAGAGGAGUUAGUGAGUGGAACUUUGAUAUAGAAGAACUAAAGGCACAAGCUGCACUGUACCCAGAUGAGAAUGAUGGCGGCGAAGAUGAGUAUUUGCGUUUUCUUUUUGAACUUGAUACUAUUUGUGAAAGUGCUCCCAUACAUGACGUUCAAUCACGAGAUUACUCUAAAAAUGAAAAUGAGAAGAAGGAAAGCAAUGAAAUCACAAGAAAUGAGAAAAUAGAUACGACGCCCAUACUUCAAAGUGUGAAACAACUUGAGAAUAAAGGAAGCCCUAAUGGCCUCGUGCGCCACGAGUCAUUUCAACAUCGACCCAAAUCACCUACUAAGCAAAUCACAAGAGCAGUAUCAAAUUGCAAGGACUUUGAUGAAUAUCUUAAAUCGGCCAUUCAGAAAGGCCGUUUUAAAGUGACGGUAGAAGGUGCUGAGGUUGAGAAGUUGGAAGUGGCUACACCACGAGAAAAGGAAUUAUUAGAACGGAUUGCUAGUUUGGAGCGAAUGCUCCAUGAUAGCCAAGAGGAGGUUCAGAGGCUUAGAGAAAAGGAGAUAAAAGGAGCAAUGUCAUGCCCACAGCUACAGUAGCAAAGUCCAAGUACAACCCAAGUUAGUCUGGAAAAAGUACAAGACAAUUUCUAUCUUAUUAGGUGGUUCUUGGCAUAACAUUGAGCAAUGUCAAAUGCUCUAGCUGUCAUAAGAGAGUGUAUAGUUUUAGAAAACAUUAUGACAUUAUGUCUUAGUUAUAAUCUUAGCUCACCUUCUAUUUUAUUGUGUCUAAAUUAGACAUAUUAUUAUCUAGAAGAAAAGGAUCUAGGAGUGCAAAUUUGAUGUUUAUGAUCAUUGGUCAAGCACAUGGCUAAAAUAGAGCACAUGUUGACGUG